CCAAUUGCCCGCCGAAACCCCCAGGCCGGCGCCCUCCACGCUCCCACCGGCAAUCGAACUUUCUCCCCGCGCCGAACCGGCAGCCGCGCCCCCGCAAUGCCGACCCCCGAGUCCGCCGCGUUCCUCGCGAAGAAGCCCAGCGUCGCGCCCACGUUCGCGGGCGUCGACUACGACGAUAACCAGGCCCUCAAGGCGGCACAGGAUGCGAUUAUCCGCGAGCAGUGGGUCAGGAGCAUGAUGGCGAGGUUGGUGAGGGAGGAGAUGGGCAAGUGCUAUCGUCGCGAGGGCGUUAAUCAUUUGGAGAAGUGUGGCCAUCUGAGAGAGCGGUACUUUGAACUUCUGAAAGACGCCAAAGUCAAGGGAUACCUAUUUGCGCAAACGCACACUUUCGAGAACACCUUCGAGAAGAAAUAGAGGGCGACCGAGACAGUGGUGUGGAGGUUAUUCGCUGUGCGCAAGAGCAACACGCAGUAUGGGCUACGGCAGCUUCGAGGAGCAUGUACGGAUCGAGAGUAGGCGUUCAGUUGCGCGGUCGGAAGGCAGCGGCAGCAGUGGUGAGCUGUAAACGUGUACAUAUGCCUGCCAUUGAGCAGGCCAGCUCGAGUAGCCAGCCCUGUUACAAGGAUCAUCUUUUGCAAUGCGGC